UUUCCGCAUCGACAGCGUUAUGUUUGUUUACACCCUAGUUACCAUCAGAUUCUAAUCAAUAAGUUGCUUCACAAUUUUCUCAAAGUUAUUCUUGAAAUUUUGCCCUGAAAUAAGUGUAAUUUACACAAAACUUACCGCAAUACCUUCGGCAAUAUGCUGGAUGGGUGGUACUGUCGUUCGAUGAACGAACAAGCACUUCAGCAACAGCAGCAGCAACAACAUCCGCACCCGUCCCAAUCGCAGCGGAGGAACUCCCUGGAUGGGGACGAUUUGGGCGACCGGGAUGGAGGGGACAGUUCCGGUCAGGAAGAGGACAGCGACGAGGACAUCAUCCCGACCAGACGCAACGUCGACUACAAGGCACAGUACAACACGCUCAAGAAGAAGCUGAAAUAUCUUCUUUAUGAGAACGAAUUCUUCCAGGAAAAUCUACGCACCAGUCAGCGUCGGCUGCUGAAGGUUACCCGGGACCGGUCGUUCCUGCUCGACCGGUUGCUGCAGUACGAAAAAACUGAUCUCACAUCUUCGGAGAGCGAGGACACCGAAUCGUCGGAUGAUUCCUCCAAAAUGGAACCCACUCCAACGGUGGGCCGGAAGCGCAAGAACGACCCAUCCACAUCAAACAAUGCGUCGCUGGUUAAAAAUCCACCGAAGCGCAGGAAACCUGGCCCCAAGAAGCAAAUCCCACAGCACAUGGUGCUUCAACAGCAAGCGAUUCUGCAACAGCAACGACAACAUCAGGCGCAGAUUAUGGCCCAGCUUCAGGCCCAGUCUCAACAAUUCCACCAGCAGCACCAGAUCGUGAACAAUCAUCAUCACCAUCAGCAGCAACAGCAGCAGCACCAAGAAGGACACCUGACGACGGAGGAAGUCGAGCGACAUCUGCAGUCUCGAGCCCAAUCCAUGCUGGAGGUGGUCCCCGAGGGAGAACUGCCCAACGAGAUGUUCAGCCAGAAUCCCUCUAGCGAAUCCAACGACCAGAUGGUGGACACUUCACCGAGCAACAUCGGCGAGGAGUGUCUCUCGGUGGAUUUGAACAUGAUGCAGCAGGAAUGACCGAUCGGAGAGAGAAGCGAUGGCGGGGCAGGUGGGAGAGAGUCGUCCGCGUAGGAUUAGUUUUACGGUAUGAUAAUAUGAGUAGUUUGACAUAAACUGUAUGUUUAAUUGGCAA